UUGUGUUUAAUUUUUCUUGCAAAGUUUAGCACGAGAAAAGUGUAAUUUAAUAAUAAUUUAGAAGUGUAAAUGCAUACGCCAACAACCGCAUGGCAAAUUUAAAGAAUUCUUUGUGUGGAAUACAAUUUGAAGAGUGAAGUGCAUGGCGGAUCUCCGGAUCGAAACUGGAUAGUUUGACACACGCAUCUGAAUGCUCGUCAACAUCUUUAGAAAUGGUUAUGCCUGCGAAGUAUGGUUUUAUUGUUAUGGUUAAAUGUGGAUCAUCCUUAAAUGACCAUUCCUUUACGACUGCACAAAGGGACUGCCAUGUCCGCCGCUGAACUACACUUGACUGAAAGUUAUCGACAUCUGGAGCUGCAGUUUCACUUAAGUUGCAACUUGCAGCACUAUGUUCACUGUUUAGCCUUCAGGGCCAUCCGUUCAGGCCCAUCUCAUUUUAUCUAGUAUCCUGCCUGUCAUUUCUUCUGUUGCUGGUCGAUCUUGAUACAAAUGGCAGAACCGCGGCGUGUGUCGUUGAUUUCAACUGCUCUGAACUCCGAUAAGAAACCACCGAAUCGCGAAGCUAGCAAACACGAAGCCGCGGAAAAGGAUACUACAUUCAAGUGCGUUUUCAUUGAUGUUGAAGAACCAACUGAAGAACUGUGCCCGUUCUAUGAUUUCGCGAAACUCCUUGAAGCUGGUAAAGCGGCAGAGGAUACCAAGGACAAUUCGUCGGACGAUCCGUUUGGUGACCAGCAGGAGGAAGCUAAGCUCGCGAAAUUAGCCAAGCAUUUUGAAGAAAAAUAUGGUCCAUCUGGCCCGCGAGAUCUUCGAGAGCUUGGAGCUGGUUACGAUCAGAAUGAUCCUUUCGUCGACGAUUCAGAAAGUGCAGAAGCGAUGAUACCAUCGGGUUGGACCACGCAACAUGGUGGUUACUAUAUCAGCACCGGUCCACUCUACAUCCGCCAGCUCAAACCCGCUGAAGCCGAUACACACGUGUUUAAAUCGAUCAGUACGGAAGAAUGUCUGUCCGCGUGCAAGUCGUUAAAUGCACUUUCACUUAAGCGCAAGGUUCGGGAGGAAUCCUCCAGUGAGUACGACAGCGAGGAAGAAACCGGAAAAGCAAUAGCCCGCCGUGUGAAACGACCUUCCAUGGAUGUCUCGAAGAAAUCCGUUCCACUGGGGGAAGGAGCUCAGAAGAAAAGCAACUCACGUACAGUGGCUUCUAUACUAGCCGAAAAGGCAGAGAUUGGAGAACGCCCCGCUAAGAUCGUUUCUUCAGCAACAUCCGCUGAUCAACCAAGUGAUCUGCGAAAACCGAAAGAACCGUCAUCGGCUGCGUUGAAACCGCGCGAUCCUGAUACUGGCAUGCGAAAGGCGGUGCUUGCCAAGAUGGAGCGGGAUUUUCGUUCAGAGCCGGACAAUGUUAUGGUGCCGCUUCCGGACGAAGUGGAUGGCUCUCUGAAAGAUAUUAUUACUCAACUCAAACGGGCUGCAUCAACGUGGGAAGGUGGAAAAUGCAACUUCUUCACUCCAGAGCAUAACCCAACGAUUAAUAGUGUGCUCUUAGAGUUGGAAUAUGAAUGUCGUCAGCUCCGAUGUGGCUUGCGAUCUGCGGUGUUCUCCCAUCUUGCAGGGCACCUGCCUUGUACGAAAGAAACACUUACAAAGCGUGCGCGAAAGUUACGUCAGGACGAUGUCGAAGGCAGAUUAAAAGAAGUCCUGAAAAGAAUUGAACGAGCUGUGCAUGAUGAACCAGCGGUGGAAGGAAACAUGUCGCUCUCGAAAAAUCUCAAGAAACUGAUUGUGGAUGCUGUCAUUAUAAAAGCGAUGGUUUAUGAUCUGCACAAAGUGCGAUUUCCGACGUACGAGGAUUAUGUUCGCAAUUUUGUUGACAUCGAAUUAUUACCGCUGUGGAAAGAUCGAGCAGUCGAAAAGCAGAGCGUUUACGCACAAGCUUUUAUCGGUCUUUCGGAAGCUUUGCGGCCACGGCCGAAAUCUAAUCGACUGAAGACUCUUAGCGAAGAGAAAGAAAUACCAAUAGGAAGUUCGGAUAAAACUGCAAGUGUUCGACGCCCCACACAGGCAUCGCCUCCAGAUAGCAAGCCGCUAUUGUCCGACCGUCCUAGUUCAGUUUCUCACCGUACAACGAUACCGAAGUUGCACUACAGUAAAGAGGAAUCCGAUGAAAGAAAGACAAUGGGACAUUCCAAGGAAGUUCCCUCCGCUGCGCACACAAGCUCGUUUACCUCACUUAUACCAGAUCGGCUUCGUGCCAACGAUGCGCCUGCUCCUUUUACACCAUUACCUCGGCCGCGUUCCCGAGAGGAUUCCGAGCGAAGGCGCGAAAAUGAAAAGAGCCAGUCUGAUCGGAACACACCAAACCAAGCUCAAAAUCUGAGCCGCUCCUCCACGCCAUCGACUUCUAGUGCCCGCCCACCGUCCAAAGGCAGUGCUGACGCCACUGCAUCUUCGGCUAAGCAAUUUGUUCAACCGUCAAAAAUUGCUAAGAUUUACCAGGAACCACGUUCAUCAAAGAAACAUACUUCCGAAAUGAAGAGCUUGGACUCUGGAGGGAAAAGCACAAUUAGGGUUAGUUCUGGUACUAGCGGAGGGGCUGUGAAAAAACAUGAGGAAGCUGGGCAAUCUGCUACGACUGCCAAAAGUGCGCGAUCGUCGAGUUCGGGCUCAGAUCCUAGAAAUCUGCCACACUCCACCGAUGCUAUUCUGGCUCCUCGCGAAGAAAGCAAAAAGCAUGGCACAAUUGUAAAAGUUUCCUCCAGACAUAAUAAAACAUCUCGCGAGAAAACUAAUGCUGGUGCUUCGUCAGCCUACAACUCUACCACUUUUCCCGUUGGGUCCAUUGCCUCACCGUAUUCAGCAUUUACCUCGAUACCGCUGAUGGUGGGCUUCUCACCGGAGAACAUGCUGGGGUGGGGCGCACAGUACGGGACCGUCUUUCCCGAAUCGUUCCAACCGCCGAUGGGUCUUAUUCCGGGAGCUGGCAGCGCUUUUAAUGGCGUCGGGUCCAGUUUUGUAUCCCGACCGAAUGCUACUCCAAAGAAUAGCAAUUCACCCCGUACACCGUUUCAUUCCGGUGACUCUGCGUUUGGCCGGCAUUCGUAAACGUUCUCAGGGAAUUUCGCAACUCAGGGCUUCGACAUAGCUGAAAGUUGAAACUGUAUUAUGUCACUAAGUUAUUGCUACUCUAUCAAUCAAGAAGCGUGUUGUUAAUUUUUUGAUACUGUUGUUUUGUUGGUCUGUGUACAAAUAUAGAUACGUUAGUUGGUCAGUCUCCAAAGGUUUCUUAUGUUCUGUUGACUACUUUGAGUACGUAUACCGAUUGAAUGUUACUUACUGAUCCCCAUUGUACAUGAUUUUUGACUGUACCUCAAUUGUCUGUGUAUGUCCUUGGAGUUUUAUUGUUUUUUGUCUUUAUAUGUGUGUAACGCUCAGAGGCUGCCUGUAUUCGCCCCUUUAGUGGUUUAGAUGUUG